AUGUCUCAACGAACACGCCACGCGCGACAAACAGAUAUUCCAACUAUACGCCAAUUCAUUCUUGAGCUCGCCGAACACCAAAAUGAUCUAGCGCAAGUCACGGUUACUGAAGAGCUCCUGGCGCAAUCACUGAUAUUCGACCCUAAUACAACGGACCAUGCCAAUGAUAACAGCAAGACGCCUCCAACAACUCCCUCCCGUCCAGCACGCUGCCUUUUGGUUUUGGCCGAAAGUGGUAUUCCUGUUGGCAUGGCAAUCUACUUCUACAGUUUUGUCACUUGGCAUGGUAAACCUGGGAUAUAUCUCGAGGACUUUUAUGUUCGCGCCUCAGAGCGCGGGAAGGGAUAUGGAAGAGAGUUGAUUUCCGCUUUAAUUGAGGAACUUCAAGUUGUUGGAGGAGUGCGGCUUGAAUGGAGAGUACUCGAUUGGAACGAAUUAGGGGUUCGGUUCUAUAAAGGCAUCGGUGCCACGGUCAUGAAUGGCUGGAUGGACAUGAAGCUUGAACCCGAAAGGUUUAAAGAAAAGGCUUAG